GUGUAGAGGCCUUUACAAACCGGCAUUGCAUAUAUGCUUACUUCAUUUGUUACAGAUACUAAUCGCCUCGCUCUUGAUCGAAAAUGUCGCGAACGGAUGACCCGUACUUUAAGAGCUAUUUUAACCUCGAGGUCCAUCGGCUCAUGUUGCAAGAUAAACCCCGCACAGAGGCCUACCAGCAGGCUAUUGUCAAAAAUGCACCAUUUUUUAAGGACAAAACUGUCAUGGAUAUCGGAGCCGGCACCGGAAUUUUGUCGAUGUUUUGCGCACAGGCCGGCGCCCAGAAAGUUUAUGCCGUUGAAGCGAGUGCGAUGGCCACACCUUUGCGUGAAAUUGUGGUGGCCAACCAAUUCAUGAAUACGAUCACCGUCCUCGAGGGAAAAGCCGAAGAUAUUGAUCUUCCCAACCACGCCAAGGUGGACAUCAUAGUGAGUGAGUGGAUGGGAUUUUAUUUACUGCAUGAAUCCAUGCUCGACUCGGUGAUUGCGGCUCGUGACAAGCAUUUGGCGCCCCAUGGGAUCAUGAUGCCCUCCCAUGCCCGGAUAUGGAGCGCCCCUGUUUCUAUGAGCGAUUAUUUCCGUGAGAAGGUCGACUUUUGGGAUAACGUCUACGGCUUUAAAAUGCCUCCUCUGAAGCGGCUCAUGCUACGUUCGGACAAGCCUGAAGUGGACGUUAUUCAGCCUGAGCAAAUAUUGAGUGAACCUACUCUGGUGGCUGAGUUUGAUCUUCGAUGGGUGGAAACCGAGGAGAUCAAAAGUGUGAGCCAAAAGAGAUUCAUUUCCGCCACCGCCACCGGUUCAUUCCAAGGCUUGGCCCUUUGGUUUGAUUGCGAUUUUAGGCCUUUCGUGGAAACCGAAUGGGUGACUUGUGCCACCCUCUCCACUUCCCCUUCAUGUCCUUCAACCCACUGGAAACAGACGAUCAUCGUUCUUCCCGUCAGCACAGACAUUGAACAGGAUGAGGUGAUCGGCUGGUCCUUGACUCUGACUCAAACUGAAGGCAAUGCCCGCCAUUACGCUAUUCAAUUAGAGGUUCUGGACCCGGCUGUGGACGAGCAUCCGACACCUUGCGGAUGUCAGAUGGCAAAAUGUGCCUUGAUAAAAGCGCUCAUGGAGAAGGAAGAGGAGGCGCUCAAUUGAUCUCAUAAUACUAUUUUUAUUAUUAAAGGAGAGACCCAGCUCCA